AUGCAAUCCCAAGGGGAUCCGGAGAGCGAGCCCGCUCUCCGCCUCCGGAUCACCCACAUCUUGUCCUCAAUGGCAGCACCCCUCCCUUCCCUUCGCGCUCAUUACAUCCCCUCGACGCUCCCCACCGCUGUGCCCCCAGGCGUCGUGCCGCAGCAGUUUCCAGUUAUACGCAUCUUUGGAACGACCCCAUCCAACCAAAAAGUCUGCGCCAACAUCCACCUCGCUUACCCGUACUUCUUCGUUCCUUUCCCGAUGGACUCGAUCGACCCCUUGCGACCGGAACGCGUGGUGCGUAUGUGUCAGCGGUUUGCCGUCUCCCUCAACAGUGCCAUCUGUAUGGCGCUGAGGCAAAAUCCUCAUGGAACUUCCGCCGCUGCAAACUAUGCUGGAGGUACCGAUCCACGACACCUUCAUGUCGCGUCCGUUAUGCUGGUCAAAGGCGUGCCGUUCUACGGAUACCACGUCGGCUACUCGUACUGGCUCAAGGUCUCGCUCAUCAACCCGGCGCGCAUGCGAGUGGCAACUGAUCAACUACGCAAACCGUCCGUCUUGGGCCGAGAAUGGCAACCUCACGAGGCGCACCUCAGCCACGUCCUUCAGUUCAUGUGCGACUUUGACCUUUAUGGCUGUGGCAACCUCGACCUCUCAGGAGGCACGUUUCGCGAACCACUUCCUGGCUUUGAUGACGACGACAAUGUCCUUGAAGACAUUCCCGGAUUCAUCACCACACACAACGCGCCUGGUGAUAUGGUCUACCCACCGGGUCUCUCGCCUUCGAAGGACACCACUACCGCUCUAGAGAUUGACAUCCUCCCGCACCAGAUUAUGAACCGCAACCGUCUCGAACAACGUGAUCUGCACCACGACUUUAUCGAGCUGCUCCAUAAACCUCUCGAACCUGAGGAGAAGCUCGUCCCGGCCAUGCGCGAGCUGUGGGAGGACGAACGCCGGCGCCGAGGGGCUCGCGGAUUGGGCACUUCCGAGAAGGAGAUGCUCCCCAUCUCGGGCGGUGGACGCGGCCGCACCAUGGAAGAGCUCGGGUACAAACUUGACGGUGCAGACGUCAAUAACCGCGGUGGUGACUGGAAGAUCUCCGAGGAGCUGUGGGGUAUGCUCCAGGAUCGAAUGGACGUCGAACGCAUCCGACGUGGCAAGCUCACAUUUGACCGCUUCUCUUCUGACAUUCGGGGUGGGAAGAAUGGCGAGAAACGGAAGUACGACAGGUGGAUCAUGACCACGUUCGAGGCCGUCUCGGCUCAUUGGCCCAGGAUGUACCGCACUCAGCGAACUCAGAAAUCGCAACCGUCUGUACGAGUACCAUCCCAAGCUGGCCCAUCCCCAGCUGGCCCAGUCGACCCAAGCUCUUCACCACAGCCGUCCUCUCCUCCUCUCUUCGACGACGAUGACGAGCCCAACCCAUUCGACAUUGUCGCCAGCCAAGCAUCACAGGGCGAGCGCGUCAUGGCUGAGGUCAACCCCGAUGCCAUCCUCCCAGCCAUCGACGAGGAAGAGGCAGGAGACGACGAGGAUGAGGAUGAGGAAGAAACGCUAGCUCGACGUCACGCUCAAGAGAGUGAGCGUCUUCGCGCCACUCAGAAACCUCAAGGCGACGAUGAUGACGAGUAUGACUACGACGAGUUUGAUGAGAUGUUUCUCCAAAUGAUGCCCGGUGAAACUCCUCAACACACAAGACAGUCCACUCCGACAUCCAUGGGCACCGGCCAUACCGCUACGUCGGUAAAUGCCUCGACGGGAAGGCAAAAGGUGGCGAGGCAACGUCGUCUUGCGGAACAGGCAGGAUUCGGCGAUCUCAGCACCAUCAUGGACAUGUCCGUCGCGUUCUCCUCUCCUAGCGCCAACCCGUUCGCGGACCCACAGACCCCAACGAAAAGCCGAGGUACGAACGGCGAGCAGGCGACUCCCACUUCGCUGCCCUCGCCGCUGGACAAGCAGCAGAGGGAAGAAGACGAGGGCCCACAGAGCCCGACACGGUCGGCAUCUAAACCAGAGCUCCUGGAGAUCAAGGCCCGUAACGUCGAGGACAUUGAGUUCAUUCCACCAAACGCUCAGCCAACACCGCCAGCUACCCGUGUCCCACCGAAGAUGCCGCAUACGCCAUCGCUCCAGGUCUCGGCCACAUUGAUCAACACCCAACUCAACACAUACGAUCCAACACACGCCCCUACCCGCGCACCCACUCAGCCAGCUUCAACCUUACCUCCAUUAGCAGAUGCGCCGUUGAAUGGUCGACCAAAGAAGCGUGUACGCCUCUCCAGCCCCUCUCAGCCUGAACAUAGAGUCGUCCCCACUCCACCACUCACGGGCCUCAGUGGACAGAGCGGUGGUACUUCCACAUCCGUGGUGUCAACAAACAGUGGACCGGAUCUCGCAUCCGCUGCCUGGACCUUUGGCGAUCCACCUCCUUCCCUGCGACAGGUCGUCGAGACCAUGGCAGAUUACGGUCUCGAUACCGUUGAGUACCGUGAACCGUUCUACUCCGAUCCCACCGAUAUCCCUCCCGUUCCAAAGCUCUUUGCGGGCCGACAGUUCAAAGUCAAAGGAAACGGAGUGGCCGACAUUCCCCAAUUUGAGUCGGAACUGCCAGCUGCUGCAACCGGGUGGCUCAAGAGCAAGGCUUUCGAACUGGCGAGGUCGCAAACGGGCUGGGAGUUCGCGGCUCCUCCACCGACUCUACGCCAAGUCCUCUCUUACUGCGAGAAGGAGGAUGCUACCGCUGUUGCUGCCUCUCAGCUAGCAGUCCCUACACAGAAGAACCGAUUUGGCUUCAAGCUGUCGCAGAAGAAGCCGCAGCGUGAGCAGCAGAACAUGUCUGUCUUGCUCCUGGAGGUUUUUGCGCCUUCCCGGCUGCACUUCCUCCCCGACCCAAAACAGGACGACAUAGUAGCCGUAUUCUUCUGCUUCCAGAACGAUAGGGCUGAUCUACCCAACACGACGAGAUUCCCCGGCUAUCAUGCAGGAUACGUUGUCGUGGACUCUGUCCAGACUGCCAAUGGCCGUGCCAAAAUUGAAGGGGUGCCGUGUCACUAUGUCGACUCGGAGUUGGACCUCAUCAACUGGGUCAUUGACGCCGUCAAGGACUGGGACCCGGACGUGCUUGCCGGGUGGGAGCUGCAUAAUGCUAGCUGGGGAUACCUGCAAGCUAGAGCGUAUGAGGAGUUUGCCAUCGACUUGCCCGAUACAAUCUCGCGACUUAUUUCGACUCCUGGGGGAGGAAAUCGCAAGGACGCCUACUCGGCGCACCACACGUCGACGUUCAAGGUCACCGGUCGCCAUGUGCUCAACAUUUGGCGUAUCAUGCGUGGCGAGGUGACGCUCAAUGCGUACACGUUUGAGAACGUCGUGUUCCACCUCCUCCGUCAGAGAAUACCCCAGUUCUCGGCGGCUGACCUGACGGCGCUCUGGAAGAGCAAAGUCCCUGGGCAUACCACUCGCGUGCUCAAGGUACUCUUCCAACGUGUCGUCAUUUACGCGGAGCUUGUCGAUUCUGCCGAGCUGAUCAGCAAGAGUGCCGAGUUUGCACGUGUCUUUGGUGUCGACUUUGACGCUGUCAUCUUCCGUGGUUCCCAAUUCAAGGUCGAGUCGUUCAUGUUCCGCAUCGCCAAGCCUGAGAGCUUUGUGAUGGUCACACCGUCCAAGGAACAGGUCGGAUUACAGAACGCGCCAUUUGCUGUGCCUCUCAUCGCGGAGCCCGAGAGCAAGUUUUACCCGCACCCAAUCGUCGUACUCGACUUUCAGAGUCUCUACCCGUCCGUCAUGAUCGCAUACAACAUUUGCUACUCGACCUGCCUGGGCCGCGUGGAGAAGUUCAAGGGCACCGACAAGUUUGGCUUUACCGAGCUCAAAGUCGCCGACGGUUUACUGGAGCUCCUCAAAGACUACUUGACUGUUACGCCCAAUGGCAUGGUCUAUGUUAAACCGGCAGUGCGUAAGAGCCUGUUGGCCAAAAUGCUCGGCGAAAUCCUCGACACGCGCGUCAUGGUCAAGCAGGCAAUGAAAUACGCACGGGGAGACAAGAGCCUCACACAAAUGCUGAACGCGAGGCAGCUGGGGUUGAAGCUCAUGGCGAAUGUGACCUACGGUUACACCUCUGCGACAUUCUCCGGCCGCAUGCCCUGCAUCGAGAUUGCCGACUCGAUUGUGCAGACUGGCCGAGAGACGCUUGAAAAAGCGCAAGAGCUCAUCCACUCGCGCUUAGACUGGGACGCCACUGUGGUGUAUGGCGAUACAGACUCGCUCUUCAUUGCGCUCCCAGGCCGAUCAAAGGAACAAGCGUUCAAGAUUGGCAACGACAUUGCCGACACGGUAACAGCCAUGAACCCCAAACCUGUCAAGCUCAAGUUUGAAAAGGUCUACAUGGGCAGCGUGCUCAUGGCCAAGAAACGCUAUGUGGGGUUCAAGUAUGAACACCCCGACGACACGGAGCCCGUGUUUGACGCAAAGGGUAUCGAAACCAUUCGGCGUGACGGGUUCCCGGCUCAGCAAAAGAUUGAGGAAGUGUGCCUCAAGAUGCUGUUCCGAAACCAGGACCUGAGUGAGAUCAAGGCCUUUUGCUGCCAAGAGUGGACCAAGAUUCUCGAGGGGCGUGUGAGCAUCCAGGACUUUAUCAUUGCCAAGGAAGUGCGCCUGGGCACGUACUCCGAGGACGGUGUGCCUCCUCCAGGAGCCGCAGUCGCGUACCGCCGCAUGCUCAAGGAUCCCCGGGACGAGCCCCAAUACGCCGAACGUGUGCCCUAUCUUAUCAGCAACUCCACCGGCCGUCGGCUGAUCGACCGCGCACGUAUGCCUGAGGAGAUGCUCAAGGAACGCUCCCUGGACAUAGACACCGAGUAUUAUAUCCGCAACCUCCUCGUUCCACCCCUAGCACGCAUCUUCAACCUCGUCGGCGGCGACGUCGAGCAGUGGUAUCGAGACAUGCCGCGCAAGAAACGUGUCCGCUCGUAUGGCGGUGCGAGAGGAAGCAAGAUUGACGCGCAUUUCGUCUCCUCCCACUGCCUGGUAUGCGGUGGGGACGACAAUACAAACUCGAAAGUCUGCCGUGAUUGCCGUGCUGUUCCCGACAUGACAGCACACGCAUUGCUCAGCCGCGAGCAUGUGGCCACGACACGUUUGAGGGAGCUGCACCAGAUCUGUGCCUCCUGUUCCAACACCCCGCUCAACGAGGCCAUCAUGUGUGGCAGUAUCGACUGUCCCGUAACGUAUGCCCGGACUGCGGCGGAGCGCGACGCGGAUGAUACCAAGGGCGUUCGUGGGUUGAUUGCCGACCUGGAGUGGUGA